CUACAAUGCUUAAUGUCGACUGAUGAGGCUUUUUCUUUUUAUGGAAAAACUUUCUGUCUUUUACUGAAGCUGCUUCAGGGAUGAUUACUGUAUUAUUGGUGAUACCCGUGACAUUGUGAAACCGCAUUAAGAGAUGGAACCAGAAACUGAAGACCCGGACAACAAUGAUAACUUGGUCCCAUGGUCAGGUUCAGAUGGUUCUGGGGAACUGUGUGAUGAUGCCAGUGAUGAAGAGUUCCCUUUAGAUCCUCUACCUGGUCACAUCCAACGUCUUCAGUCACAGGACUGGGAAUCUGCAGGUGAGCAACAGUCCCUGCCUGAACUUUGCGGAAGUGAAGAGGAGGUUUCAUACCGAGAAGAGGAUGACAUCUACUUAAGUGAAUCAGGAGGGUCCAUUACAGAGUCUCCUCGAAUCCAACCCUCGCCAACAUCACUGUCCCCACACCCAGAGCGCCCCAACUCCGAGCCUCCUGUUGGCCAGAUAUCACGGCAGCAUUCCCAGUCUUCUUCCUCUUCUAUUGGCCGUGCAGCUGACAUGACCCUGGCCUUGACCCUGACCACAGAGCAGCCCCUGGGAGCCAGUUAUAGGCAGGGCCCAGGGACUGUCAACAGGAGUGUUGAAUCUUCAGAGGAAGGAGGGAGUAGUGAAGCACCUCCUGCUCCUGUCUUCUUUGGAAUUUCAGACGAAGCUGCUGAGCAGGCAAAGAGGUGGAACUCUGAGUCUGACACAGAUCUCUGCAGACCGGACAGGCAGAGGGCGAGGUCCACACGGCUCAGUCACAACGAGAGCCAAUCGGAAAGACACGUGAAGGAGACCAAAUCCAAAUGUAAGCGUAUCGCUCGGCUUCUAACGGAUGCACCCAACCCUCAAAAUAAGGGAGCCUUGCUGUUUAAAAAACGCCGCCAGAGGGUCAAGAAGUAUACACUUGUGAGUUACGGGACUGGGGAGAGAAAGCUUGACAGCGAAGACCAAAUAGAGGAGGAAACUGAAGUCAGAUCAGCUGGUUAUAACUUUGUGGCAACAAGUGAAUCUGAGUUAGAAGAGGAGUAUUCUGUUUAUCAGCAGCAGCACAAUUUAAGUCUGAAUUGGGGAACUGGUAGAGAAAUGGAUGCACUACCGGAAACAAAAGGAAAGGGUGUUAUGAUGUUUGCCCAACGCCGCAUACGCAUGGAUGAAAUUGUGUCAGAGCAUGAAGACCUGAGGAAUAAAGGAUUAGCUGUGGAGGCAUUACGAGAACCCGAAUGUACAGAAGCGCAGAAUGUUUAUGACACUGAGGAAAUGUACGUGCACACUGAUCAGGCCAACUACAUGGAUGCAAAUCGUAGGCAACAAGAAGAAUACCAAGAAAGUAUUCAACAGAUGAACAACCUAUCCAACGUGCCAAGACCGUUGGUGCCCAACCGAACUGCGAAGCCUUUCCUAGGAUUCCCCGUCAGCACAACUGCUUCUGUUACGCCUGGUGGCGUCGUUCAAGUGACAAAGAAGCAUGAACCCAGAUUCAGAGUAUCUGUGCCUAUUAACACUAACCCGCAAGUUUGGUCCCCGACUGGAGACAUCAUAGCCUCAAGGGAUGAGCGUAUAUCUGUGCCAGCAAUAAAGACCGGCAUCCUUCCAGAGUCUAAAAGGAGAGCCACUAAUAAACAUCAAACAAUGCUGGUGCAUGGAUCAGAUCACCACAAAGGGGAAAGGAGGUCUUUUAUUGAGGCAGAGGAAGACUGUUUUAGUCUAGGAGCUGAAGCUUGUAACUUCAUGCAACCCAGAACAAUAAAACUCAAGAAUCCCCCUCCAGUUGCCCCAAAACCUACCUUCAACCCAGCCUGCCCACCUUGGAUGUGUAGGAGCCCCUCUGCAGAGCCCUAUAUUCAGCCCCCUCACAGUCCUGUCGGGCCUCCUAGUCAGCAUUACUCACAGCAGCAAGAUUGGGCUCAAACUCAACAGAUGGCCAACCAUUGGGCACCAAAUCAAACUCCGGCAACACUUCAAACACCUGCCAAUGCCUGGGCUCCUGUCAACUCCUCUUCUCAGCUUCAUCUUCAGCCAACAACAAAUAGCUGGAGUCAGCAGCCAUCACGAUCCCCAGUGAGUAUGCAGGCCCGCAGUCCUACUUACAGCCCACAUCACCAACCCUCACCCUCAAGGAGUAAGUUAGUCUGUGCUCCAAACUCAGUUGCCUCUUUCCCACCACAAGCAGUGAAGUCAAACGCCUAUGCAUCAAAAGCAUCACAGGCUUCUCCAAAGGGUCGAGUCCCAGACAGAGGUACUAAUCGGGCUGGCAAUGGUUCAACCAUGGGGGGAAAAGGUGCACAGUUGUUUGCCAAAAGACAGUCCCGUAUGGAGAAGUUUGUUUUCGAUGCUGAAACGGUGCACGCUAACAAAACAAGAUCUCCCUCCCCAACCCCGUCACUCCCUAACUCCUGGAGAUAUUCUUCUAUCAUUCGUGCCCCACCUCCUCUAUCAUACAAUCCCCUUCUUGCUCCUUUCUAUCCUCCAUCAGCAGCCAAGCAACCCCCUUCCACAAGCCCCAAAAUCAGGCCUAAGACCAAAGAGAAACCUAAAGCAGCCCCAAAGCACCUCAACCCCUUAGACAUUAUGAAACAUCAGCCUUAUCAGUUGGACUCUUCACUAUUUAAGUAUGAGGCAGUACCUGAGGCCAAAAGCCCCAGCCCUAAACCAACUCCAGCAUCAAAGUUUGAGGCCACCAAAAGCCUUAAACAUAGAUCUGCCCCUUCUCAUUCUCCUGCUAACACCUCUGAGCUUGUUGUUCAGAGCGAGGCAGAAGUCCCCGCUAAGUCUCCUGUAUCGGUAAGUUCCCAAACUUCUUCUGCCCGCCAAAGCACAAGAUCAGUUGAGUCUCUUGCAACUGACAAGCGCUUGGAUAAAAAGCCCACUGUCACACCUGCAGCUCAUCACAUAACCAACAAGCAAGCACCAAAUGCCCGACCUGCAAGCGCAUCCUCCCAGCAUUCAUCUACUGGUGAAAGCAUUGCUUUAGCUUUCUCUCCAGCAUCUCUUAUUGCUAGAGGCGCACGUCAAAUGGCACCGCGCCCAAAUUUUUCUGCCAAGAAGCCAGUGGUGACAGGCAAACAGUGGAGACCAGUUGCUGCACUACAUUAG